AUGGUUAGCGUAGAGGCAGCAGAGGGACUACGGGUUUGCGACCUUUUGGCAGCAGGUGGAGCAGAGUGGGAUGAUGCUAGACUUCGACAGUUAUUUGGGGUACAUCUAGCAACGAGGAUCCGGUCCAUCCCGUUACCAGGAUGUGCAGGAUCGGAUGUUAGGGUAUGGGGUACUUCGAGCCGGGCCAGGGUCAGGCUGGGAGACCUCACCCGUGUCAUCCAGCCAGAGCAGGAGAGGGGGCCGGAUUGUGCUUGGAUCUGGAGGUACGGUCUCCACCCGCGGGCAGCCCUCUUCUUAUGGAAGGUAUUCUGGGACCGCCUUCCGACGAGAGCAGCACUGAGCAGGCGUAGAUGGGGGAUCCCCGCAGAGUGUGGGACAUGCGGAGCCGCGGAGUCAGUGGACCAUGUGCUCUUCCAGUGUAUAUGGGCGAGGCUGACAUGGCAGUGGGCCGGGGUCCCGCAGGAGGCCCGGAGUGAGAGGCUACAGUUUCUUCACACGAUACGGCAGUGGCUAGCCAGCACGAGGACGAGUCAGGAGGCCAUUAGAGCGACUUGCACAGCGCAUCAGAUUUGGCUGGCAAGGAACGCUCGUACUCUCAGUGACCGCAGGGUGUCACCACGAUUUGCUGCGGAGCGUGCUCGUGUACAGGCUUCAGAGAUCAUGCCCACCCACUCUUCAGAUAGGCCUUUGAUAGCUCAGAACACCUGGGGCCCCCCUUCUGUUUCGGCAGCUCACCAGAUGGUUAAUUUUGAUGGGUCGGUGCUGGAUGGUGGCACGCGGGGCGGUGCAGGCUUUAUCAUACGAGACCCGCAUUCCAGGGUAGUGGCAGCAGGCGGCUGCCAACUGUUUGACAUAUCAGUUCCGGAGGCAGAGCUCCGAGCUGCCUGGGCGGGCGUGCGCCAUGCGAGGAUGGUCCUGCAGGCUAGUUCGAUCAUCUUGGAGGGCGACUCGGCCACGGUCAUCGGGUGGAUCCAGAGGGGGGUGACGGCUGAUGGUACAGACCAUCCCUUGAUCCGUGAUAUAGGGAUGAUGAUGGGAGAUGGGAGGGCCUUUCUGGCUAAGCAUGUAUUUAGGGAAGCUAAUGGGGCGGCCGACUGGGUGGCGGCCCAUGCGGCCCACCACUCAGGGUACACUCUUUGGGUAGGGGAGGGGGAGCUUCCACAGGCUCUCCGUGAGUUGUUGUAUUUUGACUUUCUUGGAUGUAUUCGUACACGUAUUGUAUGA